AUGGCAGCCGAUGCCCAGCAACAUAGGUGGUACCUAGAAAAUACGGCAAAAGUUUGCUUUUUCCCCAAGUGCAUACCAAAGCAUCGAGAUUUUGUAGUGUUCCCUUUCAGCCGUACGAAGGAAUUUGAAAACUGGUGGAUCAAAUCUGGAUGGGUCAAUGUGAUACGACUGGAAAGUUUACCGUCUAAAAUCCUAAUUUGCGAGGAGCACUUCGAGAAGGAUCUCAUCAACAGACGGUACAAAGUACCGAGAUUAGCACUAGGAGCCUUACCAACACGCAACGUUGAAUGUCCAACAACAAAACGCAAGAUUCCAAUAAAAAAUCCAACUAACGAGCUUUUCCUGCACAGAGUGUUUUGUCGACUGUGUGGCCAAAUGCAGGCAGCAAAGCUCGAUGAAGAUAUGUCACUAUUAAAACAAUUGGAUAAAAUUUUUCAUCACCAACUGCAACUUUCCGAUUCCGAGAUGCUACCAUUAGGAGUUUGCAGUACAUGCAAGGAAACAGCAAAUAUUAUACAAACGUUCUGGAAUGAAUGCAGUGAAGCGCAAGAGAAAUUGAAAACUAUUUUUAAUGACGAUCACUUAAUAGACAUUCCUAACCCUCCACAAGCGAACGAUGCCAAUCAAAACAGCUUUGACGAUUCUUUCAUGAGUUUUAGAGAGGAAGACGAUCAUAUGUAUUUAAAUAAACAAGAUUAUUCGGCAGAAUGUGAGGAAAUUGAAAUUGAUACUACCGCAUCCCAACAGUUAGACGAGGAACAUUUUGGAGAUGAAUAUGUGUACGAAUCUUACUGUGAGGAAUUGCCAAACCAAUCCUGUAUUACUGAUGCAUGCGAUCAGAUUGAGAUGACGUCUGAUGAAAAUCAAUUAAUUCAGGAAAACUACGCAAUCGAGUAUGUUGAUGAGUCUUCAUCUCAAGAACUUCCAACGGAAACAUUCUUCACAGGCAAAGCAGAAAGUACUGACAAAGGGUUAGAGAAAAAAUCAUCCAAACAGGAAGCACAUAUAUGUGAAGUAUGUGGUAAAACACUCAAGACACUGCAUCGGCUAAGAUCUCAUUUAAAUAUACACAGUACAAUACGUGAGCAUCAGUGCAAUAUAUGUGGCCAUAAAUUUAAAGCUCGCCGUGCACUAAUGGAGCAUAUUGAAUCGAAGCAUGAGCGCAAACUCUUUCCUUGCAAAAUUUGUGGUGUAAAGUAUCGCUGGCAAAAAGGGCUACAACGGCACAUGUCUAGCCACAAGGGAAUGGCUCUGAAACACAGCUGCAAAGUAUGCGGCAAGAGUUUUUCGGUCCCGCAUAAACUGAAGCAUCAUAUGAUGUUGCACACUGGAGAUCGAAUCGAAUGUGACCUUUGCGGUAAAGGAUAUAGAUUUAAUUAUAUGUUGACACAGCAUAAAAUUCGAGUGCAUAAUAUGGUAAUAGAAGGAGUGAAAUUGUAUACAACCGCUAAGCAAAGGAAAAACGCAGAUCGUAAAAAAUAGAAAAGUUACUAUUGUACAAACAAACUUGCAGUGUAUGGCACGAUGCACUAGGCCCUAUUUACUUUCAUUCAUUUGCUUGUCAAGUGAUACUAAAUAAAAAUAAAUAGAAAAUU